CACCAAACCACUUUGCCCACCCUAUAAAUACCCCCUCUUUUCCACUUAAAAAUCUUCUUUCCGCAAUUUCGACAAGCUCUCGCAAGAUUGUUCUUGGCGUCUGAAUUCCAUUCUGAAAUCAGAUUAAUCUCAGUUUUUUUCGUUAAUUUGUGAAUUUUGGACUACCAAAUUAAGAAAUUGGAUUCCAAACCCUAGCUUCCAUGUUUCCGAUCCCUCCAUUUAUAUGACGUUAGUCUUGCGAAGGAUUCGAAUUCUCCACUCUUUCUCAGUUGUUUUCCUCUACUGGUUCUACGUCUUUUCAUGAACUAGCCUUCACCUGAAACCCUAAUUUCAUUGCAUUCCUACUGAUAGCCACAUAGUUUUAAAUUUUUAGCGAAUUAGAAAACCUACAUUCAAAAACCCCCAAUUUUUUUCUGCAUCUCCUCUCUUUGAAUGGCUUCGAAGCAGUUACCGCAGCCUACGAGUCCCGGUUCCGAUGGUGAUGAGAGGAAAAGGAAGAGAAAGCUGUCUAACCGUGAAUCUGCACGACGCUCGCGGAUCAGGAAGCAGCAGCAUCUUGACGAGCUGAUCGCUCAAGAGCAGAAGCUGAUAGAUGACAACAAGAAGCUAAGAGAGAUGACUGAGAGCACCACCCAGCUCUACCUCAAUGUUGAAUCUAAUAACAACGUGCUGAGGGCUCAGUUGGCCGAGCUGACUGAUCGCCUCCGCUCACUGAAUUCUGUGCUUCAAAUUGCUUCAGAGGUGAACGGCUUUGCUGUUGACAUUCCGGACAUCCCUGAUACUCUGCUCGAGCCGUGGCAGCUGCCCUGCCCUGUCCAGCCCAUCCCUGCCUCCGCUGACAUGUUCCAGUACUGAGGCGCGAUAUCGUGAUUCCUUUAUGGCUACUUGCGUUUGUUAGUUGGUAUCUAAUUGUCUUGUUUAUAGCAAGUAUGAUGUUUGGUUUGACUAAGCCAGGGUUUUGCAGUAAUGCCCUCUAUUAUCUUAGUAGCAAGGUUACAUGUUUAGGUUUAUAAGAUUGUGUUGGUCUUUUUGGUAUUGGUUGUGUUUUCUAUUAGUCUAUUCUAGUUUGAUUGUGCCUUUCUUGAUUGCUAUGGCUUUAAUAAAUAUCUCAUUUGUACUA